AAGUAUAUCAGAAAUGAGGAGGAGGUAGUCGGGUUGCAAAACAGAUGGGGUUGUGAUCCCACAAUAGCAAUUACAAUCAGCAUGACCUGUAGCUGUAGCACAUUAUUUUAAAAUUAUUUUUUUCGUGUCAGGAUCACUUUAAGCCUGCUGUCCAAGCUUUCAAAUGCCUAUAUGGUAAAUAAGCCCCUUAAGAAGAACCAUUUUUUCAUUCAUUGAUUCCUGGCACAAACAGAUGUGGGCAUAGAAAUUUAAUUUUGGUAGGGAACGUGUAUUUGCGGCAAAAAGUACGCAAAACACAAAACAUGUAUUGGUCACUGACAAACGCGACUAACUGAGCAAAAAAAAAACUCUGACAACUGCCUGCCAGGCUUUGACGCCGAGCGUCUGUGCGCAUAUACGCUAGGUAGCCGUGAAGUCACACUCUCUCAUCUCGCGAGACUAUGGCCAAACUGUGGGAGAAUCGGACCGCAGAAGGCGAGGAGGUAGACGUUUUUACAAUCAUCUGGGGCUUCACGCUGUUAUGAAAAGCGGGACUGUGGAGCGGUAAUGCGCUGCUGAAUACCCAGUGUAAUGAUGAUGGCAGGAAAUGAUACCUGCAACAACAGCUGUGACGUAAAGACAGCUAGGCUGUGGCGGGAUGCAGCACUGCGUUCGAGGAAGCUUAGGAGUAGCCUCCGUCAACUCACCCUGAGCUGUGUGGAUAAGCGUAAGCUUAUCUUGCCCGCAGACCUGGGAGAUGUGGAAGUGCUAAAUUUGGGAAAUAACUCUUUGGAGGAGGUGCCUGACGGCCUGCAGAGCCUAUCUGCUGGAAACCUGCACGUCUUGAUCCUGCGCAGAAACAAGUUUCUUAAUGUCCCUACUGCAGUGUACCAUCUAGGGAGGCUGACCGAGCUGGACAUUAGUUAUAACCGACUGAGUUGCUUAACUGAGGCCGUGGGCUUACUAGGUAAGCUUAAAAAGUUAUGCUUGAGCCAUAACCAACUGCAUACACUGCCGAGGCAGCUAGGCAUGCUGGUGGACCUGGAGGAAUUAGAUGUUAGCUUUAAUCAGAUUACUCAUCUCCCAGACACUAUGCAAGGGUUACCCUCUCUCAGAACCCUUGACCUGGACCACAAUGAGUUGUGCAGUUUUCCCCAACAGCUCUUCCAUGUUCCAGCAUUAGAGGAGCUGGACUUCUCUGGCAACAAGAUGCUUGGGUCAUUGCCUGAAGGCAUCAGAUCCAUGCAAUCCCUCAAGAUUUUGUGGCUAAGCAGCACAAGUCUUUGCUUGUUACCGGAUUCCAUAUGUGAGUUGGUCAAUUUAGAAAGCCUUAUGCUGGAUAACAACAAUCUUCACACCUUGCCUGAAGGUUUUGGAGCCCUGCAAAAGCUGAAAAUGUUAAACGUUUCAUCCAAUGCCUUUCAGGACUUUCCUGUUCCCCUACUGCAACUGGUAGACCUGGAGGAGUUGUACAUGAGCCGCAAUAGGUUGGUUGUUCUGCCAGAAGUAAUAUCUUGCAUGACAAAGCUUGUGACAUUAUGGCUUGACAACAACCGGAUAAGGUAUCUUCCAGACUCUAUUGUAGAGCUCAGCUUCCUUGAGGAGUUAGUACUUCAAGGUAACCAAAUAGCAAUUCUGCCAGAUGACUUUGGAAAACUUUCCAAAGUUAACAUCUGGAAGAUCAAAGACAACCCUUUAAUACAGCCUCCUUAUGAGGUGUGUAUGAAAGGUAUUUCUUAUAUUGCUGCUUAUCAAAAAGAACUUGCUCAUUCUCAGCCUGCUGUCAAGCCAAGGCUAAAAUUAGUACUUUUAGGCCUGAAGGAUGCUGGUAAGACUUUACUGAGGCAGUGCUUAACGGAUGAGCAGAACACUAGCACACUGGUCCAAGGAUAUAAAGGAAUUGAGAUUACUAACUGGACUGCUGAUGCAGAAAGGGGACUCGCAUUUAUAGUAUAUGAUUUAGCCGGUGACCAGAGCUAUGAUAUUAUCAAACCAUUUUUUUUUUCCCCUGGUGCUCUGUAUAUCUUGGUGGUUAAUUUAAAAUCUUAUGUUUGUAAACAUUUCUAUACACAUGUUGGUUAUUUUAUACAUUUAAUAACUUCUAAGGUACCACAUGCAGUUGUUUGCAUAGUUGGAACUCACAUUGACUUAUGUAAUGAAAAGGAAUUGGAGGAAAAAUGUCUUGAUAUUCACCAUCAAAUAGCAGUGCAGGAAAAGAGGGAUUCAGAGACCUUACAAACCCUGAUUCAAACUGUGGAUAAAGCACUUAGUCAGGAUUUUGAUUUCCGUGCUUCUAAUCCCCAUUCUGCAUUUUAUGGUGUCAGUGAUAAAAAUCUAAGGAGAAAGAAAACUCACUUCCAAUAUUUAAUGAACAGUCGUCUACAGAUACUUUCACCUGUUCUCUGUGUUAGUUGUCUGGACUUUUCGAAUAUUAAGCGCUUGAGGGAAAAGCUCUUGUCUGUGGCAGAGCACAGGGAAAUAUUUCCAAACUUACACAGAGUUCUUCCAAAAUCCUGGCAAAUGCUGGAAGAAUUGCACUUUAAACCUCAGGAACUUUGGCUAACUUGGUGGGACUCUGCAAGGCUUGGUCUUCAAGCAGGGCUUACUGAGGACAGAAUGCAAAGUGCUCUCUCUUUUUUACAUGAAAGUGGAAAACUGCUUUACUUUGAAGACAACCAGACUCUUAAAGAAUAUGUUUUUCACAAUUUGACAAAGCUUAUUGAUAUUUUAAAUGUCUUCUUCCAAAGGGAUGCCUCUGUUCUCUUUGCAAAGUUAACAAGUGAUGCCACAGCUGAUGAAACAAAAGUAACCCAAUUCCAUCAUUAUGUGGAAGGAUUUCUCCUUCAUGGACUUCUACCCACUCACAUCAUCAGGUCACUUCUUAAACCACAUAUCAAAACGCAUCAAGACUUACAGCUUAUCCUGGAACUCUUGGAAAAAAUGGGCCUUUGCUACUGCAUCAAUAAACCGAAAAACAAGCUUUUAAAUGGGGCCACUGUCUGGUACAAGUUUCCUUGCUAUGUUAAAAAUGAGGCACCUCAUGCAGAGGCUUGGAUUAAUGGUACAAAUAUAUCAGAACCUUGUCUAGCAGUGGAGCAGUUGCAGAUAGAAUACAGCUUUCCAUUUAUUUUUCCACCUGGUUUGUUUGCUCGUUUCAGUGUCCAAAUUAACAGUCACAUAGUUCAUCGUUCGGAUAGUAAAUUUCAGAUCUUUGCCUACAGAGGAAAAGUGCCAGUGGUUGUUAGUUUUCAACCUGCAAGAGGUGCCUUACAACCAGGCAUUCUGUCCAUUGCUAGCCAUGCAUCGCUACCUAAUAUUUGGACUGCUUGGCAAGCUAUUACACCCCUAGUGGAGGAACUAAAUGCACUAUUACAAGAAUGGCCUUCCCUUUACUAUACAGUUCAUGUUCUCUGUUCCAAGUGUCUUAAGAGGGGGUCUCCCAACCCACAUCCCUUUCCAGAUUUCUGCUAUAAUAAGACAAUAGGAUCUCUGCGGAAGCGUAUGAGUACUCCCAGGAGUUUGUUGUUGAGAUCUGGACCUGUUAAAAGAGAGUUAUUGUCCCAGCCUCGGCCAGAUGGAGUGACAGAAUUAAUCUGCCCCAAAAAUGGCAGUGAGCGACUAAAUGUGUCACUGGUAUAUCCUCCUACACCUACAAUGAUCAGCCCGUGUUCCAAAUAAUUUUUUUUUACACCUUGUUAUUUCACAGCAGUAUUUUUGAACAAAAAAAAAAAAAAAUCAGACAUUCUCUGACUAUAUUGAAAACGAAGACUGAUCACACAUUGUGUUUUGAAAUGCAGCAAAAGCACAGCACAGAAUCUAUCAAAAA